GAUUUAUAAUUGAAGAAAACAAUGGUCGACGAAAUUACAAUCGAAAAAUUGAGACAAAAAUUUUUAACCGAAUUGAAAACUAAUGGCCACAACUUGUAUCACGAAUCGGAUGUCCGACGGGUGACCGCCAAUGACUGGGAAAUUAAGAGGUUUCUCAUUGAAUACAAAUCGGAAGACAAGGCCUACCAAUGGAUGACUACUGCGUUUUGUUGGCGCAAAUCGUUCGGUGUCUACGACCGCAGUGACCAAUACUUUCCGAAAGAAUUUUACGAAUUGACCGAAAAAGAGAUUACUGGCCGCGACCGCGACGGACGUCUUAUACAGUGGGAGUGCUAUCGAAAUGAUCGCAGUGUCGACGGAUUUGCCGAUCUUCAGAAACAGUUUAUGGCACAUAUUGUCCAUCAAUUGGACAGUCGUGUCGGUGAAGAUGGUUGUACCAUAGUGUCCGACAUCAAAAACGCCGGCCUAAUCAAUGUUAGCUAUGAGUUGAUGCGCUUUCGUAUGCAACUCAUGCAAUACUAUCCAUUGUUGGCCCGACGGAUCAUUGUCCUCGACUUGCCGUUUGUAUUGAAUGCUUUUACCCGGCUAAUCAUGUCGCUGGUGAGCACCAGUAUCCAGAAUAGGGUAGCAUUCAUAGGACGUGAUGAGUUGCCUGAGUUUGUCGAUGAAGAUGUAAUACCUGUCAGAUUUGGCGGUCGGCGCCAUGAGUUAGGAUUUCCCGACGGUUUACGACCGUUAAGUAAUCUGAAAUUAUUGCCACUAAAUGCUAAACAAAUUGACAAA